AACUGUUAUUGUAAAUGUCGGUGGACCGAUCGGCACUUGGUGGGGAACGGGACGGGGCAAGAUCCGACAGGAUGUAACAAACAGGAUCAAGACCCUACAGACGUGGCCGCCGCAUUGUGCUUGAACAUCAUCGUUACUCACAAUCCAGGAAAAUGGAGCACAGAAGGGCUCUGGACCACCUGCUGGAAGCUGCCACUUGUCCAAUUUGCCUGGAGCGAUUGUCACCUUCUCUUGUGUGUUGUGUCAAUGGUCACGCACUGUGCCUGGACUGCCGACAGUGGCAGCCACACUGCCCGACCUGCCGUGGCCGUUUCUCCACCGACCGUACUACGACACUGCGCCACAUCGUGCAGGCACUACCCGAGCGCUGCCCGUACCCGAAUUGCAACGUGAUUCUGUGGAGCCUCUCCAACCACAAGCGCACCUGUAGCUACCGUUCCACCAGAUGUGUGGCCUGCGAGUGGGUGGGUCCUGUCCGAGACUUGUGGGGCCAUGUCAAUGAAAUGAGACAUCCCAAGCUAUCGGCUGAUGUCAAUCGCCACAUAUCCAAUUUCUACAAGUGCAUUGAAAACAACUUCCGUUGGAUCAAUGUUUUUGCGCUGGAUGGCCAUAUAUUUUGGAGAAUACUCGAGAACGAUCCGGAUUUAUCGACACUAGCCAUGGAGUUCAUUUGCGUGGCAACAAAAGAAGUCAACAACGUUUACAAAGCCUCAAUUCUGUUCAAAACUGACAAGCUUGAAAAUUCUAUCAAGCUACAAUUGUCUUUUGACAACAAUCACAACGAAAACAGAAUCUAUUUAUGCCAUGAUAUGCUUGAACAUUUUGUAGAACAGAAUACCAAAUUGCUGUAUAGAUUAACAGUGGAGACGGAUGAUAACAAAUCAUCAAAUUAGUUAAAACAUUGAAUUAUUGCAUCUGGACUUAGUUUAACUUUGUUUGCAUGUCAUAAAUUAAUGAUGAGUGUUUUAAACAUAAAUAAAAAAUGUCAUUCAAAUUUGUAGCAUGGUAAAGUUAUUAAAUACUUUAAUGUUGUACGAUAUAAAAUGACAGUAUACAACAAAUUACGGUCGGUAUACAACAAUAUUGUGUUACAAUACAAUGUUAGCCACUUCCAAUAAUCAGGCAUGUGUUGAUAUCCAUUGUAGUCACAGUUACAAAGGAAAUGAUAAUCAAAUCUGACAAUGUGGAUUCCUUCCAUUAAAUUGUAUUCUGAAAAGUGGUUAUAACUUAAAUGGACUGACAGGUGUAUUUAGAGGAUAUAACCCCUAAAUAACUCUAUGGUGUUAUUGCAGUUUAAUCUGUUCCAGUGAAUAUCUUGGGUCUAACCCUGUCAUACUGUGUGAUUGGAGUAGAAUAUGUUCAACAUAAAAUUAUAAUUACACAAUUCUACAAAUUCACAAAUUUUAAAUUAUAAAAUCACAGUAAAAGAAUAAUAACACACA